AGGCUGGCGACGCGCCCCUUAAGAGCUCCGGAGCAGCCAGGGGCCGACGUUCGUCUGUGCUGCGCCAGGAGCUGCUCAGGCAUUCUGCACCCCCGCUCUGUCCUGCAUCCCGCCGCCGCCGCCGCCAUGCCCUUCUCCAACAGCCAUAAUACGCAGAAGCUGCGCUUCCCGGCCGAGGAUGAGUUCCCUGAUCUGAGCAGCCAUAACAACCAUAUGGCCAAGGUGCUGACCCCCGAGCUGUAUGCCGAGCUCCGUGCCAAGUGCACACCAAGCGGCUUCACGCUGGACGACGCCAUUCAGACUGGCGUGGACAAUCCGGGCCACCCGUUCAUCAUGACGGUGGGUGCGGUGGCGGGCGACGAGGAGACCUACGAGGUGUUCAAGGAACUCUUCGACCCCAUCAUUGAGGACCGGCACGGCGGCUACCAGCCCAGCGAUGAGCACAAGACGGACCUCAACCCAGACAACCUGCAGGGCGGCGAUGAUCUGGACCCCAACUACGUGCUGAGCUCUCGGGUGCGCACCGGCCGCAGCAUUCGCGGCUUCUGUCUCCCCCCGCACUGCAGCCGCGGGGAGCGCCGCGCCAUCGAGAAGCUGGCAGUAGAAGCCCUGUCCAGCCUGGAUGGAGACCUGUCAGGCAGGUAUUACGCGCUCAAGAGCAUGACCGAAGCGGAGCAACAGCAGCUCAUCGACGACCACUUCCUCUUCGACAAGCCCGUGUCGCCUCUGCUGCUGGCCUCCGGCAUGGCCCGCGACUGGCCGGAUGCUCGCGGCAUAUGGCACAAUGACAAUAAGACUUUCCUGGUGUGGAUCAACGAGGAGGACCACCUGCGGGUCAUCUCCAUGCAGAAGGGGGGCAACAUGAAGGAAGUGUUCACCCGAUUCUGCACUGGCCUCACCCAGAUUGAAACUCUCUUCAAGUCUAAGAACUACGAGUUCAUGUGGAACCCUCACCUGGGCUACAUCCUCACGUGCCCAUCCAACCUGGGCACUGGACUGCGGGCAGGUGUGCACAUCAAGCUGCCCCACCUGGGCAAGCAUGAGAAGUUCUCGGAGGUGCUCAAGCGCCUGCGGCUUCAGAAGCGAGGCACAGGCGGUGUGGACACGGCUGCUGUGGGUGGAGUUUUCGACGUCUCCAACUCCGAUCGCCUGGGCUUCUCCGAGGUGGAGCUGGUGCAAAUGGUGGUGGAUGGAGUGAAGUUACUCAUCGAGAUGGAACAGCGGCUUGAACAGGGUCAGGCUAUCGACGACCUUAUGCCUGCCCAGAAGUGAAGCCUGGCCCUCACCACCACCAGCCUGCUGCUUCCUAACCUAAUACCCGGGCAGUGCCCGCCAUGCAUCCCUGAUGUUUGCCGCCCGGCGGCUGAGCCCUUAGCCUCGCUGUAGAGACUUAUGUUGCCCUGGGUAGAGUUUAUUUUUUUGAUGGCUAAGCUGUUGCUGACACUGAAAUAAACUAGGGUUUGGCCUGCCCUAUGUCUCAUGA